GAAUCUCGAAGAUAUCUCGGUCUAGUGACAACAACAGAUAAACUUUAAGGUCGUCCCGUCGGACUUGAGCUUCAAGUCGGAUUUAUGCGGCUGUCAUCAUCUCUGCUUCUGAAGAAUCAACUCAAGAUGGCACUAACUCGCGAAGUCAUCAAUAUCGAAGCGGCACCGAAGCCCAUCGGACCGUACAGUCAUGCAGUGCGACUCGGUCAGAUCGUCUAUACGUCGGGACAAGUUGGUUCAGAUCCGAAGACCAGGACUCUGGUUCCUGGCGGAAUCGCUGAGGAAACGAGACAGGCAUUGACUAAUUUGAGGAACAUCUUGGAGAGCGCAGGGUCGGGACUGAGCUCAGUGGCGAAAUGCACCGUGUUCUUGGCCGACAUGAAAGAGUUCGCCGACAUGAAUAAGGUCUACGCUGAAUUUUUCCCCACGCAACUGCCGGCUCGUUCCGCAUUCCAGGUCGUGGAACUACCCAUGAAAGCGCGGGUGGAGAUCCAGGCUGUGGCUGCAGUGACGGACCUCUCAAAGCUUUGAGCCAGCUCAGCGCUGCAUGAUUUUGGCCGGGAAAUAGAAAUAUAUUUACGUAGUGUCCAAGUCU